AUGAACCAGAAGGUCGUUAUUACCGAGCAAUUGUGUUUAUGAUUAUUAGUUUUGAGCUUUUCGCCAGGUUUCGGCUAUCAUCAUGUUUCGGAAGUUCGAUGUCUAUCAAAAGAAAAGAUACAGUCAAAAAAAUUAUUCAUUUAAUUACUGAUGAAAUGUCAGAAUGA